AUGGCCCCGCCUCCUGUCGCCCUAAGUGCAGCACCUCCCAGCUCCAUGGGCGUCGGCGCGGUGGUGAUGGGAGAUGGAAUCGACAGACCCCGAUCUGGAUGUCCGCGGGUAGCCAGCACGUUAUCCAGCCGGAUGGACAGGUCCGCCAGCUGCUUGAAUGUGAGAGUGGUGUCCCUGCAGGCCAACUCCCGACGGACGUCCUCGUGCAAACUGCACCGGCGGGUGGUCAAAGACUGCCCGAAAGCGGCGGGUGAAAUCCAUAAGGCGUUGGCCCACUCCAGGGCCUUCCCUGAGAGGCAGGAGACAAGGACGGCCACGCUCUCACGGCCUGAGGGAGCCAGGUGGACGCUAAAAAUACACCUAAAAAUACACACAGGAGAAAAGCUUUACUCCUGCUCUGACUGUGGAAAGAGUUUCUCUCAUCGGGACACCUUAAAAAGACAUGAACAUAUACACACAGGAGAGAAGCCUUACUCCUGCUCUGACUGUGGAAAGAGUUUCUCUCAUCGGGACACCUUAAAACAACAUGAACAUAUACACACAGGAGAGAAGCCUUACUCCUGCUCUGACUGUGGAAAGAGUUUCUCUCAUCGGGACACCUUAAAACAACAUGAACAUUUACACACAGGAGAGAAGCCUUACUCCUGCUCUGACUGUGGAAAGAGGUUCUCUCAUCGGAACACCUUAAAACAUCACGAACAUAUACACACAGGAGAGAAGCCUUACUCCUGCUCUGACUGUGGAAAGAGUUUCUCUGUACCAAGCAACCUAAAACAACAUGAACAUAUACACACAGGACAUAAGCCUUACUUCUGCUCUGACUGUGGAAAGAGUUUCUCUCAACCAAGCCACCUAAAACAACAUGAACGUAUACACACAGGAGAGAAGCCUUACUCCUGCUCUGAAUGUGGAAAAUGCUUCAAAACAUCAACUGCACUAAAAGUUCAUCAGAGAACACACACAGGAGAGAAGCCUUACUUCUGCUCUGACUGUGGAAAGAGUUUCUCUCGGCCAUGCCACCUAAAACAACAUGAACGUAUACACACAGGAGAGAAGCCUUACUUCUGCUCUGACUGUGGAAAGAGUUUCUCUCAACUGGGCACCUUAAAACAACAUGAACGUAUACACAAAAGAGAGAAGCCUUACUCCUUUUCGGACUGUGGGGCAAGUUUCUCUCGUCCGGACACCUUAAAACGAUCUGAACAUAUACACACACUGGAGAGAAGCCUUACUCCUGCUCUGACUGGAAAGUGUUUCUCUUGAAUGUGCCAUUUAAAAAGACACCAAGGGAAACAAGAGAGGAGCCUUACCACUGAUCUGACUGUAGAAAAUGUUAAAACACCAGCUGAGCUUAAAGGUCAUUAGAGAAAAGACAAAGGAGAGAAGCCUUUUUUAAAAAAAAAUUAUUUAACCUUUAUUUAACCAGGUAGGCAAAUUGAGAACACG